AUGUCAAAUGUUGAUAUUUCACAAUAUUUACGAAUCAGUGAGACAACUGUAAGAUAUUGGCUUGAAAGAUACGAAACAACUGGUGAUAUAGAAAUUAUACAAAAAUCUGGUCGUAAACGGUCUACAACAGAAAAACAAGAUGAUAUAAUUCAAUCGAUGGUAGCUCAACACCCAACCGAAUCUGCACGUCAAAUUGCAUUCAGAUUAUCAAAGAAAGGUAUAAAAAUUAGUGAGACAACAUUAAGAAGAAGAUUUAAAGAAGCUGGUCUGCAAUCAAUGAAACCAACUUCCAAGCCAUUGCUAACAGGUGACCAUAUUAAGAAAAGACUUCAAUGGGCAAUACAACACCAAGAUAUUGACUGGAAUCAAGUUAUAUUUACAGAUGAAAGUUCAUUUCAUAUGAAACAAGUUAUAAAACAUGUAUGGAAAAAACGUGGCGAAGAAUAUUAUGUAUCAACAGUGAAGCAUCCUGUCAAAAUUCACGUAUGGGGUUGUUUUAGCAAACAUGGAUUCGGAAAACUGGUAUUAUUUAGAAAAACAUUAAAUUCAAAUUUUAUGUGUAAAAUUUACAAGAAUGGUCUUCUGCCAUCAGCAAAAAAAUGGUUUGGUGAUAAUCACUAUAACUGGAAACUUUUAGAAGAUAAUGACCCAAAGCAUACCUCAAAAAUGAGUAAAACGUUCAAGGUCAAUAAUGAAAUACAAUCAUUACCGUGGCCAUCACAAUCUCCCGACUGCAACCCAAUCGAAAAUGUUUGGGCUUUAAUGAAGCUCAAAAUAAACAGACAACCACCCACGUCAAUCAAUAAUUUCUUUGGCAGAAUAAAAAAAGAAUGGAAAAAUCUACCUGUCGAAUUUGCUGAAAAAUUAGUCGAUUCCAUGGAAAAAAGAGUACAGUUGUUAAUUGAAAGAAAAGGCGACUAUAUUAAUUAUUAGGAUGAUGUACGUGUAGUGUAGAUUUUGUAAAUAAAAUAUGAUAAAAUAACUCCUUUGUCUUCCUCGUUUUUUCGGUCGCGCCCACUUAUGGCGAAUACUGUAAGUCUAGAGAUCUACAAUAUGCGUAAUUUUAGUUCCAGCACUAAUGCGGAGAUAUCUCAUCGUAGCGUUAUCAAAGUAGGUUAAAAUUUUUUAUAUUGAAUUAUGAAUAUGAUAGAAAUUUUUUCAAUAGUGAAUCCGCACUAUUUCCUUAUGUAUCAAUUCUUCAUUAUCUAAUUUUAUAUCGAUUUUCUUAAUAUAAAUUUCACUAAAAUAUAACUGUUUCUUCUGAAACUUUUUUCAGAAUUUGAUGUCCUUUAUAUUUCACUUAAUGAAUAACGAGAUUCACUGAAAACUUCUGACCCGUAACUUUUUUCUAUUACAUUUUUUUAGUAAAACUCAUUGAACACUGAUGGUAUCAGUUUUGUAGAUGUUAAGGCCCUUCUUCUGUCAAAAAUCUAUUUCGUCCCAGAACAACCGAUCUGAUUGGAAAUUCCAGGAUAUACACGUGCAGACCUAAAAACCUUAUAGUAAAAAUUUCAGCCCGAAAUAUUGAGUUCUUCAAGAGUUAUUUCUAUAUCAAGGAUCCAAGAGUAGGUCUCCAUGCAAUCCAGAUUUUCCUCCAAACUAAAUGAUACAGAUCUCGGGUUUACAUCGAAAUGUAUCUAACACUUAGCGCUGCAACUUAACAGAGUUCGAUUUUUAAAAUUUCUCUUUGUUAAUUUUUAGUGUCAGUUUUUUUGAAAAGUUCGAUAAAAUAGGGAUACUCCUGUGGAAAAAGAUGCAUUUUUCUCAUGAGCUAAGUCAAAAAUUAAAAAUCCAGCUCUAUUAAGUUGUGGAGUACAAUUUCUUUCUUCAAUUUAAAACCAUUCCGAGUUUUGUAUCAUGUAAAACAGUUGAGAAAUCUGAAAUACACGAACAAAAAAACUCGUUUUGAGAAAAAUGACAAACACAAAAUUGAACUUUGAAAAUCCAGUUUUUUCCUUCGUAGAGCGAUUGACAAGAGAUUACAUUGAAGGAAUGCAUGAAACGCACCUGCUAGAGCAUGCUGGAUAUGUAUUCCAAAUCAGAAGCCUAUAGGCAAAGUCGUAGAGCUUCAAAAGAUAAAAUUUAACAGACAUUUUCUGCUUGUGAGUUUUUUACAAAAUCUCUUGGAAAUCGUGAAAAAACCAUUAGAAAACCUCUCGAAACCGUCGUAAAAACUAAGAAUAAUAGUGAUUCCGAAAGUAGAAAAUAUGGGCUAUUUGACCAUGUAGAAAGUUCAAAAAUCGAUAUUUUUGGCAAAAAUUGAAAUUUUUGAUAGGGGCCUUUAAAAACAGUUGUAUUCUCAAAUAAGUGUAGAGAACAAUGGAUAAAAAUAAAUCUAUAGAUUUAGCUAAAAAAAAGCUUGUUCAAGCAUUAAUUUUAUGGCAAAUGAUUUACUCGGAGUUGUUUAUCUAAUAAGAAAAGUUUGAGAGGUUUUGAUACAAAUUUGUCAUCAUGAUUAAUGAGUAGGGUAGUUUAGUGUUCCAACUAAAAACUCUUAUCAGUACAAUUGACAAUACGAUUAUGUAAUUAACAUUAAUUUCAAUCAAAUGAAUAUUGAAUUCGAGUUGUUAUGCAUAAAACAACAAGAAAUAAAUAUCGCGCCAUAUUUUUCGGAAAAUGUCAGCUUGAACGUUACUUUUGAUGCUUUACUAUUUUCGUUUUCUUAAAAAAAACAGAGUAAGCCGACGAACUAUGACAUGUUUCUUACUCGAAAUGUUUUUCUCAUUGUUAAAAAGCUAUCAUUAUUUAUAUAUAUUCGAUCGAACGAAAGACAAUUAAGAAAGAAGUCUUACUGUCCUUUUUGUUUCAAGAAAAAGAUUUCAAAAUCUCGUUAGACUAUCUUCAUUCUAAGAAAUGUUCUCAAGUGAUCGUUAAUGAUGAAUGACGAUAACAGAAUAUAAAACAGAGAUGAUCUUCUGUUAGCUUCAUUGACGUUUCUAUCCAUUCAUCUUUGCUAAUUAACUGUCAAAAAUGGAUUUAAAGAAUGUUUAUUUUGCACAGCUACGCGUCAAACAAUUCUUUCUAGUAGUUACACCUCUUCUGUUGCUCCCUGCGUUUUCUAGCCAAUAUAUGAAUAAAAAAAAUUAACAAUAGAAUAAAUUACAGUGUAUUACGAGUCGACUAAAAAAUGUUGUUUUGUAAAGAAUAAAAUACUUCUUCGUCUUUCCUCAUGAAAACAUAUAUCCAUUAAAUUUGAUUAAAAUUACCUAAUUAUAUCACUAUAUUUAGAAUCAUAAAUUUGAUUAUUCUGUAACAAAAUCAAAAUCGAUUAGAAAUGGGUUUUUUUGAGUAAAUUAUAGUCAGAUGCAAAUCGAUUACCAUACGAAAAAAAGUCUGAUAUUAAUCGAUUUUAAUCUUGGCUUUACUUGAUAGUCUCACGUGCGAAACGCUUCGCGUUAUAAGAAAUUUCUGAGAUGAAACUUUAUUCGUUCAAUAGAACCUAUUAAGACCAAAUAUAAUCUAAAAUCGUGACCUUCAGUCGUCUUUUUCGGGUUUAACCCAAUUUACCAAGCUUUUAGCUUAUAUUGAGGAAUCCAAUCGAAUAGAAAAUUGCAAUAUAAGCUAUACUAAACUGAGAAACCAAUGAAAUUCAACUGGAAACCUAUUGAAUGAUAAUUUGACUGACUUAUUGAGCAUGUGUCUUCGAGAAAUUCUCAGUUGUUAUGUUUUGCUCGGAACCACUUGCAGACAAUAUGAUUAUAUACUACAUCUGUCUUGUGACAUCAAACCGCACUCUAUUAAUAGAAACUUGGUAUAUGUAAUUAGGCUAAACGUAAAAACAUAUUCAAUUCGACAGAAUUUAGCAGAAAACAAUCUGUAUUCUUAAGAGACGGUCCAUGAGUGAAUCGAGCAUUUUCGUAAGGGGGCGU